CGCCAUUUUGGAGGCCGCCGGAGCGCCCGCGCCCGCCGCCCGCUGUCAGCGCAGCCCCGGCCCCCGCCGCGCCCCCGCCUCGGCCGCGGCCCAUGCCCGCCGCGCCGCGGGGCCUCGCAGCCAGGCAGCGCCACAGCGGCCCCGACAGGGGCUGGACGGCAGGGCCGGACCCCAGCAGGAUAGGAAGCUCGAGAGAGAAUUCACACUGGAUGAAAACAAUUUCCUGAAGCUGGAUAUAUUCCAGGAACCAUAACCCAAAUGUUUCUCUGUCCGUGGAGAAGAUUUCACGUUUGAAAUAACUUGUACUGAAGCUAGGUGUGUCCCAUCAUCAUGUUCUGGAAGUUUGAUUUGAACACAACAUCGCAUGUGGAUAAGCUGCUGGAUAAAGAAGAUGUGACACUUCACGAGCUGAUGGAUGAAGAUGACAUCUUACAGGAGUGCAAGGCUCAGAACCGCAAGCUGCUGGACUUCCUCUGCCAGCAGCACUGCAUGGAGGAGCUGGUCAACCUCAUCACACAUGAGCCCCCUGUGGAUAUGGAUGAGAAGGUCCGCUUCAAAUACCCAAACACGGCCUGUGAACUGCUGACCUCGGACGUGCCCCAAAUCAACGACAAGCUAGGAGGGGAUGAAACUCUACUGAAUAUCCUCUAUGACUUCUUGGAUCACGAGCCUCCACUGAACCCGUUGCUUGCCAGUUUCUUCAGUAAGACGAUUGGGAAUCUCAUUGCAAGAAAAACAGAACAGGUGAUUGCAUUCUUGAGGAAAAAAGACAAAUUUAUUAGCCUGGUGCUAAAGCAUAUAGAUACAUCAGCAAUGAUGGACCUCCUGCUUCGUCUCAUCAGCUGUGUGGAGCCCGCGACUCUACGGCAGGAAGUGCUGAAUUGGCUUAAUGAAGCAAAAAUUAUUCAGAGACUUGUGGAACUGAUCCAUUCAAGCCAGGAUGAGGAUAGGCAAUCAAAUGCUUCCCAGACCCUGUGUGAUAUCAUAAGACUGAGCAGAGACCAGAGCAAUCAACUCCAGGAUAUACCUGAGCCUGAUCCACUUCUCACAGCACUGGAAUCGCAGGAAUGUGUGGAGCAACUCCUGAAGAAUAUGUUCGAUGGAGAACAGACUGAAAAUUGCAUAGUGAAUGGAACACAAGUUCUUCUAACAUUGCUGGAAACAAGGCGCUCUGGGGUGGAAGGACUGAUGGACUCAUACACUCAGGGAUUUGAAAGGUCUUACACUGUCAAUAGCAGCAUCUUACAUGGUAUUGAACCAAGGCUAAAAGAUUUCCACCAGCUGCUGCUCAGCCCUCCCAAGAAAACAGCAAUCCUAACUACAAUUGGUGUCUUGGAAGAGCCACUGGGGAACGCUCGUCUUCACGGAUCUCGUCUAAUAGCUGCUCUGCUUCACACAAACACUCCCAGUAUUAAUCAGGAACUAUGCAGACUCAGUACCAUGAAUUUAUUACUUGACUUAUUUUUUAAAUACACAUGGAAUAACUUUUUGCAUUUCCAAGUGGAAUUGUCCAUAGCAGCUAUUCUCUCACACUCUGUGCAAGAGGGAAAAACAACUACUAAUGACCUAGAAAGCAAAGAAGAGGUGCUGAAUGGAAACGUGGCCACAGAGAACUUAGAGGCUCCAGAAAACAACACCGAGAAUAUCAUGGUUACUCAUUUGUUCCAGAAAUGCUGCCUAGUGCAAAGGAUAUUGGAUGCCUGGGAAGCCAAUGACAAAAUACAGGCAGAAGGUGGAAUGAGGCGAGGCAAUAUGGGCCACCUCACCCGGAUAGCCAAUGCUGUGGUACAGAACAUGGAGAAGGGCCCCAUGCAGACUCAGAUUAGCGAGUUCAUUAAAGAGCUGCCUGAAGACUGCAGAGGGAGAUGGGAGAGUUUUGUAGAAGAGACGCUGAUGGAAACAAACAGGAGGAAUACAGUGGAUUUGGUGAGCACUCACCAUCUGCACUCUUCCAGUGAGGAUGAAGAUAUUGAGAGUGCUUUUCCCAAUGAACUUUCUCUCCAACAGGCCUUCUCUGAGUACCAGAUCCAGCAGAUGACAGCCAACUUCGUGGAUCAGUUUGGCUUUAACGACGAGGAGUUUGCAGACCAGGAUGAUAAUAUAAAUGCUCCUUUUGACAGGAUUGCAGAGAUAAACUUCAAUAUAGAUGCAGAUGAUGACAGUCCCAAUGCUUCCCUCUUUGAAGCCUGCUGCAAUGAACGAAUCCAGCAAUUUGAUGACAACGAGGAGGAAGAAGAUAUCUGGGAAGAGAAGGAGAUAACCUAUGCAACACAAGUUAAAUCAAGAACACGGUUUGGAGCAUCUCAGACCUCAGAGAGCUCAUCAAAAAGUGAUCUUGAGAAUGGAGAUCAUGAUGGUAGUGUGGACUCAGAAGAAGAAGAGGAAACAGAACAGCAGGUGCCUCCUUCCUCAGCAAACAGCAACAAGAAUAAUGUUUCUGAGCAGAAAGAUUCAGACUCUUCUGAAGGGUCUGGAUGGACAGCUGUGUUUGAGCCCGUGAACUCGAAGCCCCCCACCCCCUGUGUUGCCAUGGAUGUUGGAUCAAGUGUAUGGGAUUCAGCAGCCCCGGAGAACGCCACGCCAGAGGAGAAAGGAUGGGCAAAGUUUACAGACUUCCAGCCUUUCUGUUGCUCAGAAUCAGGUCCACGAUGCAGUUCUCCUGUGGACACAGAAAGCAACGAUUCAGAGGGAAACCCGAAGCAGAGUCAAGACAAGAACUUCAGCGCUGCCUCGCCCUGCGUUUGGAACGUCUGCGUUACGAGGAAGGCGCCGCUCGUGGCCUCGGACAGCAGCUCCUCCGGCGGCUCGGACAGCGACGAGGAGGACGACAAAGCCGACGUGGUCACGGAAACCAUCAGCACAGGCUCAGGCCAGGAGACCAUCAAGCUGACCGUGGAUGCUAAGAACGAGAAGGCAGUUUUCACCAGAGUAUUUAGACCUGCAGUCAGAGGUGAUGCAGACUGCAUGGUUAUUGAUAAGCUGGCCAUCACGGACAUGGGAACGACAAAAGCUUCCAAACCACUGAACAACGUGGCCCAGCACCCGGAGGAACACCAGAACACAGCGGCUGUUGUUACAGCUGUCACGGAAACAGCCACAAAAGACAGGAAAGAAGAAGUCUUGCCCUGUGCUGAAGCCACAUUAAAUGGCCCUGCUUGAUGAAACAGAUGCAAUGGGACGUGUGUGAUCCAGGCCAGGCUGCUACCUGGUGAUGCAAUUUGUCAAUUUUUUUUUUCAUUUUAAUUUUAUUUUUUAAUAAAUGCUGCAUUGAUGAGAGAGCUGGCAUUCAGGACCAGACAUGCAGUUUCAACACCAACAAUCUGUUCUGAAAGACACUUGCAUUGUCUAAAUGUAGCAUUGAUCAGUUAGUCAUCACAGGAAUGAUGGGGUUCUUCCCAAGCAAGCCUUCUGCCUAAUUUUAGUUCCUUGUCCCCUUCCCUCUCUCCCUUGUUUUUGUUUUGUAUUUGGGGUUCAGUCCUAUUUUCUUAGUGUUAUUGCACACAGUAUUCAGCUUCUCUUCAGAAAGGUAGCAGGUCUAACGCUGGGACUUGGACAGUGCACAGGAGUCCCGCAGUCGUGUGACCAAAGUUCCUGAUGGAGCUGUCUUUGGGCAGCAUUUGCACCGCUUUUGUAUAGCAAUAAAGCCUUAUCAGAAACAUUUCAUAGGAGGAAAAGAUGCAAACACUUUAAAUGGGAUGAGGCAGGGAGGGCUUUUAUUUUACAUUUUUGUGGGGUGGGAGGGAAAUCAUUGACAUCAUCCCAAGCCAGAGGCCAGGUAGCUAACUUACCGUAAUGCUGAACCGUCUUGAGAAGCGGGAAGUCUCUGCAUUCCAGUGAAUUGCUCAGUGCUCUCUCUCGGGAGAUGGGACAGUUCACUGCAGGAUCUUGGGUCGUUUAGCAAUUGGCCUCUUCUGUCCGAGCCAUCAAAACUCAACUUCCCGGAUGUCGUCCUCAGUUGGCUGCAGAGUAUGCAAAGAAGGUAGCGUGUUGUUUGCCAGCUGAGAGGAUAAUGAUCCACUGGACUGCUGCCGUGCAGGAACAAGAGCAGAUAUGGCACAAACAGGUUAUCAGGUGUUUGCUGGCUUUUUGGAGACUAAUGUAUUUUCAAAUUAUUAUGGAAAUCCUUUUCUGUUUGUUUUGUUCUGUUUUUAAAGUUUUUAAUGGAUGCAGGAACAGCAACACUUUUGCACUUUGUACCUAGUGACAACAUUGGAGAGUGAAACGGCCCCAGCACAGGACUCCUGCUGUUCCUUACCCCCAGGCAGUCGGGCAUGGAGAGGUUGGGGGGGACAUGCUGCUGCCUUGGGAUGGUAGAGUACAGCAGUGUGGAGAAAUGGACUGCGCUUCAAACUGCCUGGGAGCAAGGUCAGUUAAAGAUGUGUACUUGACCCUGGAACACAGGAUCUUCUGCACAGGCUGAAGGACCUACUCCUGUAAAGACUGCACCAGUUUCAGACACAGGUCUGCGCUGGUUUGUGCUGGUCUCUGCAUUGAGCUUGUUCCCAGACUGGACUUGUGCACAUAGAUGAUACGGGUGUAGAUGUUGGGCCACUUGCAGAACCAGGCUCGGGCUGGUAGCAGCAGAUCGCCGUCACCAGUGCUCGUUCUCUACCCCUAGACUAGAUACAGAGCUGGGCCUGCUUUUGUGUGUAAGCUGUAUGCUGAAAUCCACCUGUCAAAUGUUAAAUGCCGCUUAUUUUAUUAGUCCAAGAUCUAAGCUGGAAAAUCAUUCACUUUGGAAUAAAAGCAUGAAGCUUGACACAUAGGUAGCCAAAUAGCUUAUUUUCUGAUAUACUCUCACUUGUGCGUAACGAGGGACUUUACCCUGUGAGUAUGAAAAAGUACCUCACACAGAUCUGUUGUUAUGAGCAAAGGCAUCCUAGCCAAACUUCAGUCUUUUAAAAAAAUACUUUAUUUUUAACUGUGAUAUGUAUGUAGUGCAUAUGAAAAUUUCUUAACUGUGUUGAGAGGUGGUGUGUGGGGGGGAGUGAGAUGAACAAAAUGUUUUCGCUGUUAGAGUCAGUCUGUUCUGCUGGAUCAGUAUCCGACGGUGACGUACCCACAGCACGAGGCUAUCAUAUGCCCAAGGAUUACAUAUUUCCAUUUUUGCUCUUAGGGAAGGUUGAGGAUUUGAUUUGUUCGAAUGCCAGCUAUGGAGAUUAGAGCGCAGAAAGCAGGAUGAGAUUACGCUGUGCAUCGUUGAAGUUGCGUGCUGGGGUUGUGGGCCCCUUGUGUGCUGCUGACAUAGCUGUGAUUUCUCUCAGCUGCAAUUACUUGGUAAGCAGGUGCUUUCAUGGCACAGUACUGUUGUUCUGGAAGUCUUCUCACUCCCUCCUUGUAAUUUAAAAUAAAUAAUUUAAAGAUACAUUGUGCUAGAAGGAGAAAUCUCACUUUCUGCUUCGGUUACCCCGCUUGCUAUUUAGAGAUCAGUCCCACUCUUAGCCCGGAUUUUCAGAAGUGAUUAGUAGCUUUGAGUUUCUAAUUGGAGACACAUUAAAGUCUUAAUUUUCAGAGGAUUGGUGCUAGAGAUUUUCUGAAAAUCAGGUUCUUUUUAGGGCGUUCUUUAAACACCCAAAAGUGAGACUAUGAAAAAUCAUUCAUCAAAUACAGACAGCAUCAGUGUAACUGAUUCCAGCAGCUGAUUGAAGGCCGUGGUUGGGCUUCAGUCCCAGUAAAUACCGGGUGAUGACAGCAGUUCCUUUCCAGUCUCUUCUCAUGCACUGUUCCUGACUGUAGUGCUUGCGGGCUCCGCCGUGUUACAGCUACGACCAGGUCUGUUCAGGACUGCCAAUAGCAGGCACAAUUUGAUCUUUCUCAUGGCUUGAUACAUAUCCAGCUACCUUGUUAGACUCACAAACGAUCUUUGCAUUAGGUUCUCAUAGACCGGGGUUACCUUAAAUCAUCAUGCUGGCUGAUGUUGCAAGGACACUGCUUCGUUGUCCCUACGUGACCUGUUCGUGAUGCCUUGGUUUGGGGAGCAGUAACCUCCACCUGUAGAGUGGUACUGAGCAGCUGGCAGCAAUAACAUCCCGAAGUGUUUCAGAAGGAUAUGCAAGGACGUGUCUGUCUGUGCCUUUUGUUGCAUAUUCUCAACUUGUUGUUCAUUAUCUGUUGGCUUCGAGUCUAUAAAUUUAAAUGAAAGCUUUAAUGAUGUAUUUACAACCUUCCCAGUAAGCAGAUCUAAAAGUAUAGUGUAGUUACUGAGGGGAUCGUUACCUAAGUUCAUUAACUUGAUUGCUUGUGUCCGGUUACUUAUGUGAAAAGACAAUUUACCCAUAGUUAAAAAGACUGUAGAAAUGCGUAAGGUCUCUUGCUUUUGUGACGGGGGGUGUGAUUCCUCCCCAUUUGGGAUUUAAGCUCUGAACUAUACCUCACUGGUACCAUAGGAUUGUUCUUCACACCAGCCAACCAACUGAUCUAGGAAGCGGUUCUGACCCCUGCUAUCUUGGAGUCUGAAGCUCAGACCAGGUCCAGAGUCAGGCGAUGGCUUCUUCACCUGGCUCAGGUGGUUUUUAUGGGUAAUCUGGGCAUGCAAUUCUUUCUCUUUGUGGAUUGGAGCUUCUCAUGGCUCUCAAGUCGCAAUGUGUGUGUGCAGGCUGAGGGUUCCCACUGCCUCUCUCGCUCCUCGUUGCUGGCUGAGCUUUCUUGCUUGCUGUUCCAGACUCGUGCCAAAGCUGCGUGGCAGCUGGGCGGUCUGACUGCUCUUCUGUUUUCAGGUGACCUUAAGGCACGACGUUCAGGGACGUGGCAGCAGCUGGGUGAACCCUUCCUCAGCUCAGCCCAGCGCUGUGUCCGUGGUGGUUGUUCCCAGGAGAGGCGUGUUACCUGCUCACUGAGCAGGCAGUAAGGGAAGGGCUGUCACUCAGGGUCGGAGCAGGACAUGCUGUCUUCCAAAAUGGAUUUAUGUAACCCAGCUGCAUCCUUUAAAAAACCAUCAACCUAUGCUAAGAUACUUGGUCAGAAGGCAAUGAAGAUUAAACAGAAGUUGUAUUUAGCACUGUCCUUCCUCAUUUAUGUGCAGUAUUUUGAAUCUGUCCAUAUCUAUAUGGUAUAUAUAAUUUUAGUUUUGAAUAUGUAUACUGAUGAGUGUGUAUAUAGAUAUAUAUUUGCAAUAUGUAUUAUUCCAUGUAUAUUUAUACACACACAGUUGGAUAUUGUAAGAAACCUGGUGAAGCAGAGACUCGGAGCACAGUGAGCCUGACUUUUGUAUGUUUGUAAAGGUACAUGGUCAAUAGCAAGUCACAGACAACCACUCAUUGUACAAGCCCAGAAGCAGCAGGGCAUGCCUUGGUCCCGUGUUGCUGCUCAGACAUUCAGUGUUUCUGCCCAGCUGGGGUUUCGUGAUUUUUUGCCCAACCAGGUGUUGAUGGAGAGCGGCCACGUGUGCUGCGAUCCCUGGUGUCGCUCCUGGUGCUCCUGCUGCUGCAGAGCAUUGCCCACACGCCUUCACACCACGAGAGGAGGAGGUGUUUGCUGCAGUUACAAAGUGGUCAGGUCAGCCAACACUAAUUCUUGAAUUGUGACACGUUUCUCUCUAGUUGGUUGGGUUGUGGGAAAAAACAGGUUUCUUUGGGUGAUCUGGCCAUUCAGGAGUACCGUCAGGGUCACGCCAGCCGACUGCUUUUGGGCAUCCAGACUUCUGUGUUCAGUACCUGGGUAUGAAACGUGGGGAGCAGGGGGCACAGCUGUAGGGACUUGCGAUCAGAAAAAACCCUCUGCUGCAGGAAGGUCAAGCAUAACAACUUCGGAGCCAUAAGACAUGAUCUGAUAGAUAAAAACUUGGAUGAUUUGAUUUUUUUUUCUUUCGAAUCAGAACUAUUCAAAUUCUUUUACGCUGCUCACUACAGGCUUUUGGGGUUGGUGAGGGGAAAACAGAGAGCUACGAAGCAGGCUGGUGCUAGGGUACACUCUUCAGACCGAGGAGGGGAUUUGGUGUUGGGUUUGUGGGUUUUGAGUUCCCUUGCUGUCCCAAAGAGAUGAGGUCCUCUCUAAAACUGUAUCCACACAGGAGCACGUGCACCUGGCUCAAAAUGAAAGUUUGGGUGAGAUAGUCUGCAGGAAAGGGAUCCAAUGAGGGAACAGGAGUGCAGUUUUUUCAACACUUUCACCAGUCUUCUAACAAAAUUUUCUUACACAAAUACAUAAUUUAUUGAUUCUUCUCUUAAGUUGUAAGAGUAAAGGCAGACAAGAUCCCAGCUGGUCAUCUGGAUGACAUGUCCUCAGCAAAGACUUGAAAUAAAUUUCUUGAGUGUCCCAAGAUUUUGUUGCUCUCGUUGCCUUUUACAGAUCUGCAGCUGGCAAGCCGAAUAGAAAAUCCAGUGGGCGCACAAACUAAAAGCAAAACCCAACAACAGUGGGACCUCAGCUACCUAUUGCUGGUGGAAAGGCGCUGGGUGUGCCGCACCGUGCGGGGGGGUGAGCACUGAGGGUUAUUCAUCAAUACAUAUCUAAGGGAGGAACUUUAAGGUGGCUUUCUUGUUCUUCACUGACAUCUCAGAAUCAUUUCUCCAAAAAGGAGCCAGUGAGCUGUAACUGAAAUCAAGAUUUAUCAGUGGCACCACAGCAGGAGACCUCACUGCCAGCCGCUGGGGGUGUGCACCAGGGACCUGGCUCCGUCGCCCCUCAGCCUCGGCUCAUCCCAUCCCACCACUGAAGCAGCCCCGUGAUGGGGCUUCUUGCCUUUUCCCCUUUGUUUGCACUUCGUUUCUGGCACUCUAUCUUCAGUAGUAGUUUAGUGGUAAGGUGUUUUCAGACUUGCUAAGCCCUGUCUUCGUGUAGUGGUAAUUAGGCUGGAGGAGCCUCCUUUUCAUCACUCGUUCAUUUUGUCUCACGGGGGAAACAGCUGCUGCGUGGCAGAGUUCCCUUAUUUCUGUAGAUGUUGGUAAAAACCAACGUGCUGUGCCAGUCGUGGUGGAGGAGGUGCCACAAGUCCCUGCAAGCCCUCGGGGAGUGACCGCGCAGUUUGAUGUCCAGGUUAAUUAUUCGUGAUGAUAUAAGAUCAUCUGAUAUUUUGGCAAUGUAAUUUUUGACUUUUUUGAUACUAUUUAGUAACUCACACUGCAAUUUUCAGUCAUUUAAAGACUAAGUUAUUUUUUUCCACGUGCUUUUCCCAAAGCGGUGAUCUCAGCCUGAACCAUGUUCAAAACAUACAAAUUUGUAAACAGUUAAACUUAUAAACAGUUUAUAAACAGUGAUUUUGUUCCUGUAAGCAGUUGAUUUUGUUGUUAUAAGAGGUUUUGAUGUCAUUGCAAAAAAGAGAUAAAACUAGACCCGCUGUUUACAACAGCAUGUUAAUUUUUAUUACUAUUUUUUUUUAUUUUUAUUUUUUUACCAUGAUUCAGUUCUCUCUGAAGUCUUAUUCUGCCACAAACUUUGCUGUUGGAAAAGUACCUGUAUCUCUGGUUGCAAGGCAAGCAUAAUGCACUUACACGCUCUUUUGCCAGUCCCAGCUGUAAAACAAGAUUUUUAGAUGGUUCUCCCAGAAGUGAAGUUCUUCAUCCCAUCCCAGUCCCUUGGUGUUAGGGAAGAGCACUCACUAGGGCAAAGCAGUGAAGGGGCCGAGUGGUAUUGGGCAGGUUCAUGAUUUAGGGGGUAGCUGUUGGCCUGUGAUGCAGUAGAGUUUUUCUCUGGUUUGGACAUUACAGCCCAUUGAAAACAAACAACCAAAAAUUCUCCCUUGUUCUGAGAAGGUCUUACAGCUUUCUGCUCAGAUUGUGUGGGCUGGGGGCUUUAGUUUGAAAUAAAUAAGUAAAAAAUAAGUGUGUUGCCUAAGAAAAGAACCGAAGGAAAAUGGGGAGCGCUGCUUGUGUCCCUCUUGAGAACGCCGUGCCAGGCAAGGGCUUCAACGAGGUCUCGCUACGUUCAGUGCUGGGCACAGAGAAGUCCCAGGAGCUGCGUAACUGUGAAUUGGUGGUGCUGAGUGCUUCAGAGUGGCCUGAGAAAAGCUGUCCCUGUCACUGCAGAACACAUUCCUCAUCGCUGUUAGCUUCUGGCUUCCUGACAAACAUGGUUACAGCUUCUUUCUUCUCUAGCCUUGUCCCAGCUUGCAUGGUUUCCUUAAUCAGCGUGCAGAAGGAUUUGGUUCUGCCUUGUUACUCAAACCUGUGUGUGCUCCGUAGCGUGGCUGUGUGGAACUCAGUGAAAGCUCGCCUUGGAAGCAUUUAGUCUUUCUUUUCAACUAGAACAUGGGCAGUGAAGAGCUGAAGGCUCUCUGGAAGCUCAUUAAGAAAUUAAGAAAUGUGUCUUCUUGUCAAAGUGCUUUUUUUUGUUUUGUUUUGUUUUUUGUUAGUUAAAAGAUGCCUACAUUGUUCAAAGUAAAAAUUGUUUUCUGAACAGUAAAACUACCUAGACCCACCUGUAGCUAAUUGAAUCUUAGAAGGAGACAUUUCAUAUUAAAUAUGAUUUCUUGAUCUUAAAUACUAUCUUCUAAGGUUGCACUGGUACGAGCAGUUCAGUGAAUCAGAACAGCGUGCCAUAUCUCAGAGCUGGGCGUUGGGAGCUGUAAGUACAUCAUUCCCACUGGUACUGAACUUUAAAGUCACUUGGGAUGAAGUUUGAAGUAGUCAUUUUACCUCUGCAUGAAAACUUGCAAAAAAGAAAUCCUUCUGGUCAGGGCAACCGUGCGUUGUGAGUUUAAUUAUGGACAGUGCCUUAGCAGAUUUCCAGAAUUAUGCAUCAUUUUUAUAGGUCUUAGCAGAAAUGGACACCUCUGGAAGUAGAUAAAACUGUAUUAGACCAUUUUUACAAUUUAUUUUGGUGAAAAAAAUAAGAUUCUUUGGGUUUGAUCCCAUUCAUGUUGAUUUCAUAAUGGCUAAAGUUUCCGAAUUUAUAGAGAAUGCAGGUUUUGUCUGAGGUGAGAAAGUGACUUUUGCGUAGUGGUUUCCCUCUCUGGUAGCUGCUGACAGAAUUCCAGCUGAUGUGACGUUUCUUGUAAACCUAAGCAGGCAUUUUCUAUGGACAGUUACACAUAAACUUUGACAAAUUGAAAUGCAGAAAAUAAACAAUUUGGCUCCUAUGUUAGCUUAUCUCAUCUGAAACUCGCUUACCUCAUUACUAGAAGGGCAUUGUGGUGACCAGUCCAACCUCCCUAUUAAUUUUUGUACAAAAAUUAACUGUAUUUCCUAGUGACUGUUACCGGUCACCUUUCACAACUUAAGUAUAAAAAUGUUAGUGAAAUAUGCCUAUGUGUAAAAAGUAUUUUUAUAUUUGAUGCUGAUCAGGAGAGAAAAAUCCUUUUUCUCUCCGCGGAGCUGUGGGGCUUUUGUAAAGGACAGAUUCUUCCCCAUCUAUUUUUUAUUUUCUCAAACGGUUUGGACAGAUAUAAGCUAUUGAAAAUCUUUUAUCGCGUCAUUUUGAUGCUCAUAGCUAGUUUUGCAAAAAACUUUCUAGAUAGGCACGCUGCGGAGAGUUUCCCGUUGUGGGUGGGUGUUGCGUGACCCCGGGUCCUGCAGAAGCAUCUCCUCGGCUCAGAUGUUCACGGAGCUAAGCUGGGAACAGAACCAGCUACAGGCACAGCAAAUGUUGAUCAAAACCUUCUCGUUGUGUACGGCUUGAAACUAUUCCUUGUUCCCUACUCAGCCCGCUGAAGUGCUGUGCCGGGAAGCUGAGCGUUGCGCCCCAGCCUGCGGGCACCUCGCGGAGAGCUCGUGCGCACGUCCUCGUCCUCGUCCUCGUCCUCGUAGCCGGGGCUCUGGGCGUCCUGCAGCCGCACAUGCUUUCAGGUGCAAAACGUGUGUUGAGAACUGCUCUGUGGUGUCGUGGCACUUGAGGUUACCUGCAAGGGAAGUUGUGCUCUCCGCUGCUGGACGCCUGGAGCUGGCACCCGCGGCGGUCGGUAGCGGUGAUUUUGCACUGAAACUCUCUCUUUUACUGCUCAUCUCAUGUUCAUACGUAAACACCAGGCUAUGACUGACUUCCCAAGGCAAUCCGAAGGAAGGACUUUGUGUUGAAAAUCGCCUCUUUUCUUUCCUGGCUCGGGUGGCACCAGCCUGUACGCAGCCGCGCGUUUUGUCCUGGCGUCCCGUGCGUAUCCCAGAGCCGCUCAAACCCCCCGCAGGCAAAACGGGCUCGUUUGCAGUGGCACCUUACAGAGCAGGGCCGAGUCCUUUGUAGGGGAUUUGUCAGAUACCCGAAACUUGCCAGUAUCGGUUAGAAUACAAAGGGCACUAAACUUGCCUUAAAGUGCAUUGGUCACGUGUAAUUUAAAAUUCCGUGUUCUUAUUCUUUCAGAAACAAAAAGCGUAAAGAAAACCAUUAAUUACCUCAUGCUAUAAAUUUAUGUAAAUUGUUGACUGUAACAUAAGGAUCACUUGAAUAUAUGCAUGUUACAUGAAAACGUUAGAAGUUAAAAAAAGAGUAUUUAGUAAAUAACAUAGUGAAUUGUAAUAGUUAAGUCAGUGUUGAGUUCCUUUACACGAUUUGAAACAGAAAGAGGAUCUUUGUAAAAAAAUCAUCUUUGCAAUCAUUUUCAAAGCAGUGUUUUCUUUUUGCCUGAGACUUUGGACAGACUUUUCUUUCCUUCUUUCUUAAACUGGGCAGAGCGCAGGGUGCGGGAGUUCAGAGCACUGGGGACUUCAUUUCCUUUCAGAAACUUCUCUGGAUGUGAUGUGUGUACUGUUAAUGUGUAAUCGAGUUCCAGUUAUUCUGCCCCAUCAUUCCUAGUAUUUCCCUCGUAAACUGCUGAAUAACUCAUCUUCCUCAAAAGAAAAAAAAAAAGUUAUAUCUGUCAGUGUACCCGCUGAAACUUUACUAAGAAAAGGAAUUUGUGCUCACUUACAGACACUCAUCAAGUCCUAGCUGGCAUAGAGACCUCUGUCCCUUCCCUUCCCUUCCCUUCCCUUCCCUUCCCUUCCCUUCCCUUCCCUUCCCUUCCCUUCCCUUCCCUUCCCUUCCCUUCCCUUCCCUUCCCUUCCCUUCCCUUCCCUUCCCUUCCCUUCCCUUCCCUUCCCCAUCCCAUUUCUGACACUUCCAAACUUUUCCUUUUAUUCCACACCUGCACAACCCCCUCCUCCCCUGGCCUCCUUCCCCUGAGCCGCCUGUCCCGGAGACGAGGGGUAGCAUCACAUCACCUUGCGAGCAGGAAUUUUGUCUUUCUGGCACCUGGGCGUGCACCCAGCGUUGACGGUCACCGUUCUGGCUAAAAUCUCACACGGGGUUUUUGGAUAUCUGGAUGGCCCGUUCUGCAGGGACCGGGUUUGUCUCCCUCCCGUUCCCAUCCCUGCCGUGUCGGUCCUCACUCCAGGGGAGAGCUCGUCCCGCUCACGUUGCAGCUGAUGACUGCGAGCCCUCACGGGAGCGAACUGUCUGGUUAUCUCUAGGGCAAAACGCUGAUCAGCAAUAAAAAUUCCAGAUACAAAAACGCCAGUGCCUUUGUUUUAGUUCAGGAGUGAUUUCUUCUCGUUCCAGCUUUGGAAUCAUUUUUGGAGUCAGUUUUCAUCUCCAGAUACCCCGAAGUAGAGGGAAAGAGAAGGUGAUGAGCAGAAGGAUCCCAUGCGGUAACAGUAGUGUUAAAACACCCCGUUGUGGUUCCGAGUGCCUUAAAGCCACCCAAAUUCCAACAAAAGCUGUUUCUGUCCAUUGUGCUCUCCCUCCUCCGCCUCCCAGCCCUCGGAGCCCCUUACACCAUUACCGCAUCCCGCACGUGCCGACCCCACGAGGUGGCCCCGAGGUCCUGCUCGAGGACCCUCUGCCCCCCUUUGUGGUGUGGGAACCACAUCCAGAGCAGCACCACGAGCACCUCCAGCACCUGGGGUCUGGGUGGCGCGGGGGCCUUGGUGCCAUCGCGGUUCCUGCGCGCUCCUUGGGUGCUGCGAGUCACCAAGGGACCCCUGCCAGCAGCCCGGGGGCUCCCUGCGGGUCGGGGCUGUGCAGGGGGAGCAGGUUCCUUACCCAAAAGGAGAACAGAAACGAUGUGACGGAGGCCAGUGCAGCAGAGCUUUUAACGUGGAGCAGGAGGGGUGAAUUCACGUUACGUCCUCGUGUCUAUUCAGAAUGUUUUAUUGAUACCCAAACAGAAAGCGUCCAUUGAACUUGGCCUCCAAGUGUUAGAGAAACUAGGCUUAAAAGCUCCGAAGAAAUUGGUUAUACAUAAUUUUGUGCUUAAAUAUAAUAUUUAAUAUUAAAUAUUUAUUAUUUAACAUGUAAUUUAAAUAAAAAAACACAUUUGUCCAUAUGGCGUGUAAAUAUCUUCCCCUCACCAAAUAUAGAUAUUCCUCAUCUGAAUUUUGUUUUUUUUAAAUGAAAAGAAACUUUUUCUGUAAAACAGUGAGAAAUACUUGAAAAGCUGCCGACAAGCUUUCCCAUUUCACAAUUGUUCACAGCUGUCAUGGCAGCAAAAUAUCAGUGUAACUGAACGUCCUGGAAAUCCUAAAACAUUCUGCGUUAAGUUGCGAUAGGCUGAAAUCAGCUCUGGCUGCUGACCUUACCACGGGGCCAGCGGUGCCAUCAGGAUCUGUUUGGUUGGGAUUUGGGAACUCCACGGAGCUGGGUGCCAGGGGCCGGGGCUGCUGCGGGCGCACGGUGCAGGAGGGAGCGGGGUGGCUCUGGGGGGCUGCCGAGGCUCCGGGAUGGGUGUGCCAACGGGACGGGGGCAGAAAUCCCCAGCUCAACGAUGUGUGGCUGGGCCCAGGGUCACUUUGAGAGGCUCCGGGGGUGCGGUGCUGAGCGUGGUGAUGGAGGUGAUGGAGACGGGGGCUCUGCUGGGGUGUUCGCCCUCGGCGUCUGCCUCUGCUGCAGAGCUUUAAAUCGGGGCCACCGGGUGACCCCGCGGCCGUUUGGUGCCCGGGGAAGGGCUGCAGGGAGGCAAGGGAGAAAAUUGUUCAGCCCCAGAGCAGGUCGAGGCGCGAGGAGCAUCCUUCGUUUGUUGCUGUGCCUGAGAGGUUUUUCACCUAUUUUUGAUAAAUUCUCCUGGAAGCGUCAGCGCCCAAGGCUGAGCGUGGCCGAAGGCAGUGCAGAGCUGGCAGAGGGGGUCAGGGGGCCGUGGGGACUGGGGGGACUGGGGGGACUGGGGCCAGGGCAGGACGGGGGCACAGGGACUGGGGCGGGGGCGCUGGGCUCACACGGGGCUGGCUUCCAUUCCUUCUCUCGCCCUCGUGUUUGUCGUGUACAUAGGGUCUAUUUAUAGAUGUAUAAAUAUGUGUAUAUUUCUAAAUUUCUUCACCUUAGACCUAUUUUUCUCAGAGCUUUUGGGUUUGCGUUUAAUUUCUUGAUGGGUAAGUGUGCACCUUCUGAAACACCGUAAUCGUUGGUACAAAUAAUAAUAAUAAUAAAAAAGGUACUGGGCGCGUGGAGGAAGGGUUCUGGAAGGGCAGGAUUCACUCGUGACUCGCUUCCACUGGGCUUAAAUUUGGGACUUAACCGACUCGUUAGGGUUUCUGGGUUGACAAUAACCUACUGUUUCGCUACAGUUAUAAAUACAUCGCUGCCAUUUUCUCUAGGUAGGUGAAGUUAAGUCAAAGGAACAUUUUCAGGCUGAAAAAAAAAAAAAAAAAAAGUGCUCAAUGGUUUCUCAUUUUGGUGUUUUCUCAGCGAGGCUCAUGGAAAAUAAGGUUGUUGAUUUUUAAUUUUUGUUCCUUGUCUGUUUCUCUGUUUGCCUUUUGUAUCCGAACUGGGUUUUGACAGCGUUUAAAAUCCAGCUGAGCAGCUUCAGUUGAAAUGUAAAGUUUUAUAGAAACCUUUUUCUUGACCUGAUAUUUUGUAAACUUUUUUCUUUAACACAACCCGAAUAUUGGCACUAGAUCAGCUUGGCAGUGCUUAAGGUGGUCAUCAUAUCGAUGUGUGUGUGUGUACUUCUAUGCAUACAUACAUGUACGUACUUAGAGGGGGUAAUACGUAUUAUUGCACAUGAAAAUAUCCAUGGUUCUGAUGAUAUUUUUUAUUAUAGGGUGUAUCUGCUCAGACAAACAGAAACUUCCUUUUCAAACUCGAAAAGACGCCAUGGUUUAACCAGUUAAUUUGCACUUGGCAUAUUUAAAGCAAUCAGAAUAUUAAAUAUUCUUUGCCACUUUAUUUUGAUCCACGGUCUCUUGCCUGUAACUCCUGGAGUUGCUUUUCUGGGGGUUUUCCAUAACCUCCGUCGGUUUCUGUUGGGUUUGGCGUUAGGCUGCGGUGCAGACGUGAGACAAUUGGAGGUGUUUGGCUUUUUGACUGUUAGCACAAACCACUUAUUCAAGGCCCGUCCACCCUAGGAAGCUCACCAGUUGCCACCCAGUGCCAGAGGACCUGGAAUGCUUGUUUAAACUAAAAGGAACCCAAAACAUAUUUUUUAAAAAAAGAAUUACUUAACUCGGAGAAAACUGGAAGGCUCCAGGAGCCUCUGGCCGGGCAGCUCCAUCCAAGCGUCCCCUCUCAUUUCGGGAGAGGAAAUCGUGCAGCCGGCACCGCGCAGCCCCGGUGUCACCGCCGCUCAGCGCCGAGUCCCAGGGCUGGCGGGAUGCAGGGCGAAGCCCUCCUGGCUCCUGGGACCCCUCGCAGCCCGGUGCAAGGUGGGCGAAUUGCACCGCAGGGUGUGGAUGGGGCCGUGGUGGGCUCGGGAGCCGGGCUCUGCAGCGCUCCGUGCCCAGACGGGGGCCCAGGUGUUCAGCAAAGCUCUGCACCCGCUUUCUUCUGCUCUUCUAAAAUUCCAGGUGUUUUGUUCUGGUGUCUGGAGAGCCAAGUUUCCUUGAAAAAUCUGCCUGUUGAGCACUGUUGGAAAGCCCAGCUGUAGUGCUUCCCCAAGGAAAGGCUCGCUGCACGUUGGGUUUGCAGGCGCCCCGGUGGCCUGGCUGGAAAAACAAGCGUUAGGGGCUGAAUCUAUGCUUCUUUUUCUUUUCCUCUCUUUCUUUUUUUUUAUUUUUAUUUUUUAUUUUUUUGCCUUUUAAACAAACCAUAAAAUGGUGGCUGACGAUAGGUAAGAUGCACUCUGUAUAGCAAUAAGAAAUAAUUUGCCUGCAUAGACGGUGUCCUGAGGCUGUGGUAGCGGACGUGCCAGGCAGCGGCUGCCCGGAGGCUGGGGCUGGCGCAGGGGGGGUCCUCGCCGAGCCCCCGGGGGACGCGGAAGCUCAGUCCUAGCUUCAAGUGGCCUUUCCUCUGAAUCGGGAGGGGGUGGCGAGGGGGGUGCCCCACUGGGUGAAUUAAUUUAGUGCAAUGACAUAGGGGAGCCUUUUUUCUCAUGAUGCCUACUGCCCUUAAAUGUUGAAACCGGGUCUUUGUAAGCAAUGUCUGUGUAUCUAUGUGUAUAUAUGAGGGACAAAUUUUAAAUUACUGCCUUUUUUCCCUGUUUAUUUUUCUGAGUAAUUCCAGAUGUACUUUAGUCUCUCUACUGUCAAAACUUUUAUAUUGUAAAACUGAUGCUGGUGGCUUUUGGUUAUUUUGGUUUUUGUUUUUGUAAAAAAGAAGAAAAAAAAAAGAAAAAAAGAAAAAAGAAAAAGAAAAAAAAAAAAGUCUGCAUCUCUCUAUGUUGUCAGUUUUAGGCUGUAAAUUCCAACUAUCAAUAAAAGCUCAAAAUUCA